AUGCCUCGCUUGCCACUCCUUGGCAGUCCUACGCGGGGAACCAAAAACGACCCGCCAUCUCGUCCGAUCCAUCCUUCACCGUACUCACCCAUCGACCAUCUCCCCGUCUUCAUCGCCAUUGCGACAACCACACAUACACGUCUGCAUUCGCAGGCUGACUAUGCAUACCACCUUGCCAUGCCCUCCACGAAACGCCGCUUGGCGCCCGACACAAGCAACCACGUCCAUGCACCCAAGCGGCAGCGCACCGCUCCUAUAGCGACGCCCACGUGCCCCCACAAGGACUUUAUUACGCCCAUCUCUGAUGAGAUUCUCGUCCGAAUCCUCUCGUAUCUGGGCGAACGCACCCUCCUCGACAUUGGACUCGUCUCUAGACGCUUCCGCGCUAUUGCCUCCGACUCCCAACUCUGGCGUCCGCACUACUACCGUCGCUUCAUCCUGCCGCGUGUGCACCGCAUACCCGGUUUCAAGACAACACGCGGCCCCUCGCCCGCAGAACACUUCACCGCGGGAAGUGCAUCGGGUAGUGCCGCUUCCGCUGCUGCUAAAAAUGGCGUCUCGGCAUGGCGAAAGCCCGCCUCGACCAAGCGCUGGAACGCCAUCCGCGAACAGGUCGUUGACUCGGUCGACUGGAAGAAGCAGUACCGUCUGCGCCAUAACUGGGCUGGAGGCCGCUGCGCCGUCGAGCAGGUCGAGGUGCGCGACGCAAGUGAAAAGGCGGUUGCUGUGGCGCCACCGAAUUGGCAGACCCUCAUCAAGGUCGUCGAGGGAAUCGCCGUCACAGCCGACUCAGUAUCUGGCCUGCGCGCCUGGGAUCUGCGAACGAGACAGACGAUUGCACAAACAUCGGUAGGACCAGACCACGCCACACGCCUGCGACCUACUUGCUUGGAUCUGGAUGAUACACGCCUUAAUAAAGGCCAGGUCGAUGUUGCCGUGGGCUUCGAAGAUGGCACCUCGGCCGUCUGGCGUCUGGAUGCCCAUCGAAAUAUCAUGCGAAUACUUUUUCGUCAAGAAAAGAGCUUCUUCGGCAGCCUGCUCUCAAUCGCUUACGGGUACCCGUAUUUACUGACAGCCACACAACUUGGCUUCAUUGCCCUUUAUACUUUCAAUAACCCCUCCACGGACAACACCUCCGACGCUGGUGAAGAUACCGACACAGAAGCGGCGCGGGAAUUGCCUGCGCAAUCAGCAGAGAAUACAGAUGAUGAAAACACUAUACUGCCAGCUCCCUAUCUUCUCACAUCCCUCAAGUCACACAGCACCCAAGGCCCACUAGCUCUGUCUCUGCGAAAGAGCUCGUCAUCUGUCGUCGCAUCCAUAGCAUAUACAUUCAACGCUGUUGGUGGCUGGUCCAUCGGCAUUCAAGAUCUCGAUAUCCGCCCAUCAGGCGCUGUGACUUCACGUGUGGCGACCUCUUUGCCUACACAACUUGGAUCCAGUCACCCAUCGCCAUCUUCUUCGCCCCUCCAAGCAAGCAGCUAUCGCUUCGGCCCUACCGAUGACGGGACUGGACCCGUCAAGCUUCGCUACAGCCAUCCAUACCUCCUCGCUACGCUUCCGGACAACACUCUCGUCCUUCACCUAUGCACGGCAACAGCCACAUCACUCCUGAUAUCCUCCGGAAUGCGGCUCUGGGGCCACACGUCGGGCAUAUCCGACGCGGAGAUUACACCCCGUGGGAAAGCAGUCAGCGUCAGCACGCGUGGCGACGAGAUUCGCCUCUGGGAUGUGGAAGGCCGACUCAGCCCCCGCAGCGUUGCCGUCAGACCGCGACGGCAGGAAGCCGAUGAUGGCUUACCGACUGAUGAUGGGGCUGAUUUAGCCACGCCGCGCACGCCGACUCAUGCAGGCUUGGACGAGGGACGCCGCAACUGGGUGGGUUUUGACGACGAAGUGGUGUUGGUCUUGAAGGAGGCGAGUAACGGACGCGAUAGUCUGGUACUUUAUGAUUUUACGUAA